AGAUUCAUUCACAGGAUUAAAAACACACACACUCUCUCUCUCUCUCUCUCCCCUUUCUCUUGCUCUAUAUAACAAGAAGCCAAGGCCAAGUGCAUCAGCACUCUGCUCCCUCCUCCACAACAACCGCUUCUUCCUCAACCCUAUUCAUCCCGAAAGAGAAAGCUUUUAGAAUUGUUCAUCGUGUUCAGGAAUCAAGAACAAAGGCGCUGAUUGAUCAAAUGGCGCGAGAAUUGGACAAGUCCCUCUUGAAUCACCACAAAGAGAAGCACUUCACCGCUGGUGAAAUUGUGCGCGACGUAAUUAUCGGUGUUUCUGAUGGCCUCACUGUCCCAUUUGCCCUGGCGGCCGGACUCUCCGGCGCCAACGCUUCCUCCACCGUCAUUCUCACCGCCGGUGUUGCUGAGGUCGCUGCCGGCGCCAUCUCCAUGGGCCUUGGAGGUUAUUUGGCUGCAAAAAGUGAGGCGGAUCAUUAUAUGAGAGAGCUCAAAAGAGAACAGGAGGAGAUCAUCGCUGUCCCUGAUACAGAAGCUGCUGAGGUUGCAGAAAUACUGUCAGAAUAUGGGAUCCAGCCUCAUGAAUACACACCAGUAGUGAAUGCUCUGAGGAAGAAUCCAAAAGCAUGGCUUGAUUUUAUGAUGAAGUUUGAACUGGGAUUGGAGAAGCCGGAUCCAAAGAGAGCGCUUCAAAGUGCACUGACCAUAGCCAUUGCUUACAUAGUAGGUGGGUUGGUGCCCCUUUUCCCUUAUAUUUUCAUCCCAACCGCAAAAAAAGCCGUGGUUGCCUCUGUCGUGCUGACGCUUAUGGCUCUGCUGAUCUUUGGCUAUGCCAAAGGCCACUUCACUGGAAACAAACCAUUUAGGAGUGCUCUCCAAACAGCUUUCAUCGGCGCUGUUGCAUCUGCUGCUGCUUUUGGCAUGGCCAAGGCUGUACAGGGAUGAACGCUUCUACCUUAGCCGAGGAUGGUUCGGUUUGAUCAGGCUAAUUUUCAGUGUAGAGAUAGGGGGGGUCUCAAUUUCUUUGAUUACUGUUGAUGUUUAGCCCUUUCUUGAGUUGUACGUGUGGAUGUCUUUUCGUCUCUCUUGUUGUAUUUCUAGUUAGUAUUCAAUGGUAGGCAUCGACAUUAAUCGUAACCAGCUCUAAUCAUUCACAUCUUUAAACCUAUGAGAUGGAUUUGUCAUUUGUCUUCUCA